AAAAGUUGCAGUAAGUUACUUUAUUUAUGUUAGUGUCAGUAGUCGAUGAUGGCAUGAGACAAACCUAAUAGUUGUAUUGUGAACUAAUUACUGCACACAGUUAUGGAUUGCGUAUAGCUUGAUAGCUACCCAAGAGCAAGAAUGGAGUACGCCCCAAGGAAGGGACUGAAAGGGUUAAAUGAUCCUUUUGGCGAUGAUGAGGACUUCACUCAAGAUGACCUUGAUGAGAUCGACAUUAUCGCGUCCCAGGCAUUCCCAGAGGACGUGGGGGUGAAGGGUCCGAAAGAAACCUUCAGAGCGGUCGGUCCUCAUCCUGGUGCCCAGAGAAAACCUGUUCUCGGGGUCAGGAAAGCCUCUGCUCUGGGCGGAAGUACCAGCUCUGGCCAGAGUAACAUGGGCAGCAUUUAUCAACUUCCAACCGCUGAGGCUUUUGGGAAUAUACAGCAGCAAUUCAAGAAAAGCAAGGCUGACCCGUCCUAUGGAGAUCUGGAAGCACAACAAGCAGAGCUUCAGAAGAAGCUGAAGGAAGCGGAGGAGAAGCUCAUGAUGAAAGACGGGGAAAUCCGUGUCCUGCGCGACUCCAUUAGACACGCCCAGCAGGAGAAGGAGCAGGAGAGGCAGAGCCUGCUCCUCCAGGAGAAGGAGCGCAUCCAAGCCCAGAGUGAGAAGGAGAAGGAUAUCCUGAAAAAGGUGCAGUCCUUGCAGUCAGAGUUGCACUUUAAAGAGGCAGAGAUGAAUGAAAUAAAGACUAAACUUCAGAACUCUGAACGAGGAAGUAAGCGUGUUGCACCAUCUGCUGCAAAAAAUAGCCCCAGGAGGCAUUCCCCUGCCGUGAUGCUGCAGGAUGGGAGUGGGGGAAGUGGGGUCUCCCCUAAGGUCAGUCCCUUCCUCACCAAGGAGAGCUUUGCAGCCCAGCUGUCCAGAAGGGCUUCUCCGGCCACUGCUGACUGGGUCGGCCAUUUUGGGGAGGAUGGAAGACCAAGGCCCGUCGGUGAGGCCCACAACAACGUCGGCAACGACCCGCACGUGCUGCUGCAGGAGUUCGCCGGUCCUGAAGCGUGUCAAGUUGGCUUCACGUCCAGCGAGUCGGCGCUGCUGAACCUGCUGCUGCAGCACCCCCUGGACCCCAGCACCUUGGGCUUGAGCCACCUGCUGUGCCUGAGCCCAGAAGCACUGCCUGGCCUCCUCACGCAGCAGAGCUACCUCAGCCCAGGGUCCUCGGCGGGGUCCAGCGGUUCCCCCUCAGGGCCCGAGGCCGUGCCCCAGCUGCAGAGCGCCUUCAGCCGGGCGCAGGGCCUCGCCAUGUCCGGGCUCAGCAUGCUGGCGCUGCGCCCGCAGGCUCCGGGCCCCGGGGCCGGGCGCGGGGCGGUGCACCUCCUGCCCCUGCUGGAGCACCACGUGGGCCUGUUCUGCCAGGCUCUGGAGGCGGCGGAGCGGCCGGGCAGGAGCCCCCGCGGGCCGGGCUCGGCGCCGGGCUCGUCCUCGGAGGGCCUGGAGGAGUCUCUGGCGGGGCUGGAGGAGUUCGCCCUGGCGGCACUGCGGGCGCUGUACCACCUGCUCUCCCACAGCGCCCGGGCCGUGCACGCGCUGCUGUCCCAGCAUGCCCCGGGGCCCCCCGAGGCCGACGGCGCGCCCUCCGGACCGGCCCGCUCCCGGGCUCCGUCCUGCCAGCACCCCCUGCUCCGGAGGCUGCUCCAGCUGGCCGACCCGGCCUUCUGCGGCCCCGCCUGCCAGAGGGAGAAGGUGCUGUCGGCCAGUCUGACCGCGCUCAACGCGCUGGCCGAGAGAGCCGGGGACCAGCUGCUCUGCAGGAUGAAGCUGGUGGUGACGAGUCCGUUUGCGGCGCGCUGCCUGUCUGUGGACUCCUCCUACGGCACUGUGUCCCUCUCGGUCAGUCUCCUGGCUGUCGCCGCCGGCGACGAGGAGGCGGCCUCUCUGCUCUGCUCGCGCCUGGAACCGUGCCCUCUGCUCAAAAUGUUCCAGUAUGUUACGACCCGACCAGACAAGUCCGUCACAGAGAGCCAAUGGUCUCAGCUGGAGUUGGAGGUUGUGCGGCUCUUAACGAUGCUCUUUACCCAGAGAACGUCCACGUGGCUGGCCUUUAUCGAGUCCUCCUGUCAGUGCAACAAUGAGGUGGUGCGGACCCUGGUGAUGCUCCUGCACAGGCAGUGGCUGAAGGUGAGGAGGUGGGAGUACCAGGAGGCCUGGGCCGGCCCGGGGGUGCAGCUCCUGAGGGAGGUGGUGACCCUGCUGCACUGGCUGCUCCUGAACGACGGGCGCUUCUCCGAGCGCUGCCUGGAGGUGCUGCACAUGUACGUGCAGCUGUUCCCCGGGGUGCGCGACACCUUCCGCAAGAUCCCACGGCUGGCCGAGAGCGAAGAAAUGGCACUCGAAGAAAUCUGUCGUCAUGAGCAGGAUAUCGAUAUUGACAACGGCUCUUGAUUGGCUGGUACGCUGCUUUUUCCGUAGAAUCCAGAUCACUUUAUCUUUUUUAUUUUGCACAUAUUUCUUAAAUGUACUUGCACUGUUGAUAAUGUUAAGGACCUCAUUUCCUUCUUGUGGGAUUGACCUGACCUUUUCUGCCUCUGGUGCUCAUAUUUAGUGCCUACUUCACAAGAAGCAGUUAUGGUUCCACAGGUUUAAUGUGUACUGUAGAGCACUACUUUGGUGAGUCAGGAACAAAGUUUUCAGCCUGGAAUGUACUUGGAUAAUAUUUUGUAAUAUUUGAUGAACUUAUUAGGUCAAUGUGUAAUUUGCUGCUAGAUAUAAAAAUGCAAAAAAAAAUAAACAUUUGUGGAGGUUAUGAACACAAAACACAAAAAUCAAAUGAGCAUCAUACGACCUCCCUGUGACGUCGUAUCUUCCUGACAGUUUCCACUUAAGACACGGAUCGUGUCCGAAAAAUGGCUGGCUUGCCUACUAGUGAAGUAUACAACUUGAGCACGCUGGAAGAGAAAGUUAAGUAAACGGAGAUUCCCUGAAUGUAGUGCUUCAAAUUCCUGGACGAUUUCUUAAACACACAUCCAAGCUCCUAUUUUGUGUAGCAUUUGAUUUUUCUGCAUCAAAACUUGGAAUUCUGUCAAAGACGUGAUGUCACAGGGUUCUAUUGCCACAACAGGCACAGUGCAAUUUUAUACAAGGCACCUGCUGUAAGCAUCAAGAUAGUUAUUCAGCCCCUUAUCGUGACAAGUCAGGGGUAUUGCCUUGAAUGAACCGACUUUCUUCAAUACUCCUACUGCGAAAGAUAAAUAAUUUGUCUAGAGUGCAUACCAAAUUUAGCUGUGUUAGCAGCCUCAAUAGUCCAGAAUGCAACAGUGUUGCAGGGAAGUCAGUCAAGCUUGCUGUGAAAAC